AUGUCCCUCAGCGACUUCCUCGGCUUCCUCCACUCCCAGCUCCGCGUCACGCUCCCCGAGCCGAUCACGCGCUUCACCAACCAGACCAUCAUCGUGACGGGCGCCAACAGCGGCAUCGGCCUGGCCGCAGCCCGCCAGCUCGUGAGUCUCGACGCGGGCCGGGUCAUCCUGGCGGUGCGCUCGCUCGAGCGAGGCGAGGCGGCGGUGCGCGACAUCGCCGCGUCGACGGGCCGCGCGGGCGUCGCCGAGGCGUGGGAGCUCGACCUGGCGCGCUACGCGUCCGUCGAGGCGUUCGCGCGCAGGGUCAUCGCCGAGCUGCCGCGCGUCGACGUGUUGCUUGCCAACGCGGGCCUGUACCACUUCGCGUUCGAGCGCGCCGAGGAUGACGAGACCACCAUCACCGUCAACGUGGUCAGCCACAUGCUGCUGGCGCUGCUGCUGCUGCCGCGCAUGAGGGAGACGGCCGCCCGGCACCGGGCCGGCAGGCCCGCGAUGACGCAGUUCCCGGAGAGGCGGUCGCCGAAUAUCUUUGCCGACUUGGCGGAUGAGGGGAAGGCGAGGAUGCAGGAGAGAUACUUUGUCUCCAAGCUCAUCCAGCUGCUGACGGCCCGCGAGUUUGCCAGCGAGCUCACCAAGUCGACGAAGCCCGGCCAGGUCAUCACCUCGGUCAUCAACCCCGGCUUUGUCGCCACCGACAUCAUGCGACACGCCGGCCUGGCCUUCCAGAUAUACCAGGCCGUCUUACGGAGGAUAACGGCCCGAACCCCCGAGGAAGGGGGUUGGACGCUGGUCCACGCGGCCGAGGGGGCCGAGGAGACGCACGGGCAGUACCUGGAUGACUGCAAAGUUGGGAAGCCAUCGGCGUUUGUCCUUAGUCCGGAAGGCGAGGCCACGCAGAAACAGCUCUGGCGGGAACUGCUCGACAAGCUGGAGAAGAUCCACCCGGGCAUCGCCCAGAACAUAUGA